AGAAAAUCUAGUGCUUUUUUCUUGUUUAUUUAAUUACAAGUUGUUAUCUUUUAAAUCUUGUAAAUAUUGCGAUUGUUGCUUCUCCUCCACUGUCUGAACGUCCUACUUUCUAUUUUUAAUAAAGUUUUUAAAUAUUUCCUAUAUUAAUAUAAAGUAACUUCUAUAAAGAUAACCAAAGAACAAUAUACUUCUAUUAAUAUUUACAAUUCAUUAAGAUGUCUGAAAAAGUUGGUGUUGAAAUAAAUACAUGUACUGAUUUGAUAAAAUUUGAAGCUGGAGGACUCAAAGCAAUAUCUGGACUUAAUGUUGAUACAGGAAAAUGUACUGAUUUGAUAAAAGUUGAAGCUGAAGGUCUUAAAGCAAGUGUUGAUACAGGUGCAUCAAUUAGCAGCGAUGGUGUAGAAGCUAAUGUUGCAGGCUUAGAUCUUAAAGUCGGAAAAGUAACAGGACUCAGCACACCUUUGGGAGAGUUUGAAAGUAAUCAUAUUUAAACUGGUCAAUGGAGAUCAUUAUUUCUAUAUUUUUAUUAUUUUUAUUUUUAUUUUUAUUUUCCCCAUUAUUAUACAUCGUGAAAUCUUCAGUUAUAUUUGAUAGCAAUGUUAAAUUUUUUUUAUUUCAUACUAUCUACAUCAAUUUAGUAUAGCCUUAAUUUACAUCUUUGAUUUAUGUAAAUUGUUUUAAAUUUUCUUUCGUAUUUGGAUUUGUUCUACAAAUAAAGUUAUUGUUAUACUAU